CAGGCGGGAUGCUGCGGCCGGGAGCGCACGCCCGGGACCUGUCCCGGCCCGGAGAAGUCCACACGGGGACAACCAUCAUGGCGGUGGAGUUUGACGGAGGUGUCGUGGUGGGUUCGGACUCCCGGGUGUCUGCGGGACAGUCAGUGGUGAACCGAGUGUUUGACAAGCUGUCCCCGCUGCACGAGAGAAUCUACUGCGCCCUCUCUGGCUCGGCUGCUGAUGCCCAGGCCGUGGUGGACAUGGCUGCCUACCAGCUGGAGCUGCAUGGGUUGGAACUGGAGACGCCACCCCUUGUUCUGGCUGCUGCGAACGUGGUGAAGAACAUUACCUACAAAUACCGGGAGGAGUUGUCGGCGCAUCUCAUUACAGCUGGCUGGGACCAAGGAGAAGGGGGCCAGGUCUACGGAACGCUGGGAGGGAUGCUGACCCGACAGCCCCUCAUCAUCGGCGGCUCCGGCAGCACGUACAUCUACGGCUACGUGGACGCGGCGUACAAACCAGGCAUGUCCCCUGAGGAGUGCAGGCGCUUCACCACGGACGGGUGUGGAGCUGCUUACUCGACCGCUGGUAACUUGAAAUCGAUCGUGGCAGAAUUUGCACCGCGACAUGAGCAGAGGCUACGUACGAAGGCUUUUGCUUUUUGAGCACACCCCUGAAUAUACCUCCCUGGAAGGUGGCUUUUCAGCUAUCGCUCUGGCCAUGAGCCGGGACGGCUCCAGUGGGGGUAUCGUCUACCUGGUCACGAUCACGGCUGCUGGUGUGGAC